AUGGAGGGCUCCACAAGUCAAUCAAGCAACGAAUUCAACAUUUUAUUGAAUAAGGAAAUUGAGUCUGCGAAGGAAGUGAGGCUCAGAAAGGAUGCAAACAGAAAUAAUAGUAAGGUUGAAACUAACUCCAAGGUUAAAGAUGCAAGUGGAUUUAGGUUGAGAGUUAUCCAAACUGAUGGGCGUAAGACCAAAAAAGUAGAUCCGGAUUAUGAAGUUGCAAUUGACGGACCUUUGAGAAAGAUAGUACCGUAUUUCUUCACCUACAAGACUUUUUGCAAGGAGAGAUGGAGGGAUCGUAAGUUAAUAGAUGUGUUUGUGAGUGAAUUCAGAGACCGUGAGCCAAGUUAUUAUGUAAAAACCAUUGCGGAAGGAAAAGUCUACUUAAACGAUGAACCGGCAAACCUUGAUACUAUUAUUCAUGAUGGUGAUUUGAUCACUCAUAAAGUACAUCGACAUGAACCGCCAGUCACAUCUAAGCCUAUAGAUAUUGUGUUUGAAGACAAGGAUAUUCUCGUCAUUGACAAACCCAGCAGUAUUCCUGUACAUCCAACAGGUAGAUACAGAUUCAAUACCAUUACAAAGAUGCUUGAAAGACAGUUAGGAUAUUCGGUGCAUCCAUGUAAUCGACUGGACAAACCUACGAGCGGAUUAAUGUUUUUGGCGAAGACUCCUCAAGGUGCAGACAAAAUGGGAGACCAAAUGAAAGCGAGGGAGGUCACCAAAGAGUAUGUAGCCCGUGUGAAGGGCGAGUUCCCGAUAGGUAUAAUGGAAGUGAACAAGCCUGUCAGAUCUAUUAAUCCUAAAGUUGCGUUGAAUGCUGUUUGCGAAAUGAGUGACGAGAAUGCGAAGCAUGCUAAGACUGUUUUCCAAAGAAUCAGCUAUGAUGGACAGACAAGUGUCGUGAAAUGUAAGCCAUUGACGGGUAGAACACAUCAAAUAAGAGUUCACUUACAGUAUUUAGGCUUUCCCAUAGCUAAUGAUCCUAUAUACUCGAACCUAGAUAUCUGGGGCCCAGAAUUGGGUCGCAAUGGUCUCAAAAACUAUGACGACAUCGUUUUGAAACUAGACGCUAUUGGAAAGACCAAGCCUGCCGAGAGCUGGAUUCAUCCUCAUAGCGAAGGAGAGUAUUUGCUUGGUCGUCAAUGUGAAGAAUGCGAGGCUGAAAUGUACGCAAAUCCUGGUACCAAUGACCUGGAUCUCUGGCUGCAUGCCUUUCGGUACGAGUCCUUGGAGAGGGACCCAGAUACGCAGAAACCUCUCUGGAGUUACAAGACAAGAUUUCCAGAAUGGGCCAUAGAACCGCACCGCAAAUACAUGGAAAUGGCCGUCAAGGAGGCUGACAAAUGUGGGCCAACAAAGACUGCCUUCAGUGUAGGUGCUGUUCUUGUCCAUGGCAAUCAAGUGCUUUCUACAGGAUAUUCAAGAGAGCUACCUGGGAACACUCAUGCAGAGCAGUGUGCCCUGAUGAAGUACUCACAAUUGCACCCAGACUGCCCAACCAUAGUCCCUAGGGGAACCGUACUCUACACAACCAUGGAACCGUGCUCUUUCAGAUUGAGUGGCAAUCUACCCUGUUGCGAUAGGAUCUUGGCCACUCACGGGGCCAUUGGCACCGUCUUCGUGGGGGUCAUGGAGCCUGAUACAUUUGUUAAGAACAAUACAAGCUUGAAUAAGCUAGAAUCCCAUGGCGUGGACUACAUACAAAUACCAGGAUAUGAGAAAGAAUGCACUGUCAUCGCCUUCAAAGGCCACGACGAUGACGGUGAUAACCCCUAG